ACAAUGCUUUGCCCCAAGGCCUUGCCUGGAUUUCCUGCUUGGGUGAGAUAGCGGAGGUCUGAAGCAAAGGUCCUGGCGAAAAACGUAAAUAACAUUAUAUUUUACACCAGAAACAAAACCGUUCAAUUUCCUCUGGGACUUUGAGGUAUACGUAAGGCGUUUACAAAAUGAUCCGAUUCAUCCUGAUUCAGAACCGGGCUGGAAAGACCCGUCUUGCCAAGUGGUACAUGCAGUUUGACGACGAUGAAAAGCAGAAGCUGAUUGAGGAAGUGCACGCAGUGGUGACUGUCAGAGAUGCCAAGCACACUAACUUCGUAGAGUUCAGGAACUUUAAAAUAAUAUACAGACGCUACGCCGGCCUGUAUUUCUGUAUCUGUGUGGAUGUGACCGACAAUAACCUGGCAUAUCUGGAGGCUAUUCACAACUUCGUAGAGGUAUUGAAUGAAUAUUUCCACAAUGUCUGUGAGUUAGAUCUGGUAUUUAACUUCUACAAGGUGUACACAGUGGUGGAUGAGAUGUUCCUGGCGGGAGAGAUUCGAGAGACGAGCCAGACCAAGGUGCUGAAACAGCUACUGAUGCUGCAGUCUCUGGAGUAGGGGCACCGUGGGACUCCUCUCCCCUAACUCCCCCCUCCCACACCAGAGACACUACUCCCCCUGAGAACCUGUAAACCCAGGCCCUCCCUGAACGGAGCUAACCAGCCAAGCCAUAGCCCUCCAGUCCAUACCUAAGCUCUCAACAGCCCCACGAGAUCUCCUCCAGUCUCACCCGUGCGCCAUUCCAGACUUGUCUAAACAGCAAGUCUGCAGUGCACAAAGACUGAGCAUUUCAUAAUAUGUAGGUGUAAGGGUAUGUAACAAUAUACUGUACUGGAAGUCCUAUAAGCUACAUCCUAUACAGGAGUGGCCUCUUUUGGAUAAUAUUUCACCGACAAGGGUUCGACAAACCUCAAAGCAAUCCAGUUUUCAAUGCACUGUUCACUGUACCUCUCAGUUAGUGAUUAAGGGAUGAGGUGCUAAUAAUGAUCAUUUCCUACUAGAAUUGCUAAAGAUACACCUAGCAUGGGUCAGCUCUACAGUUCUCUGGUUAAUUCCCCAAAACCUUGUCUGAUGAAAUCCAAUGUGCUUUUUUUGUUUGUUGUUGAUCUAAUUCCAAAGUGUUGAGUUUUUAUGACGUUUGAAUUUAAUUUGGGGGACCAGGACAGAUUUAGGUCAGCAAUGCUCUUCUGCAGUGUUUAAAACUAGAGAUGGCAAUUCAGAGAUCUAGUUACAAGAAAUGGACCAACUACUCAGUCCACAUAUGUGUGUGGAUUAAAUAGCAGACCAACCUGCUAAGAGAUAUACAAGUUGCUUGAGCUAGUUUCACAAAACUAGAACCCAGUUCAUCUCACAGUGACAUCUGUACCUACACAAGUUGGAUGCGAGAAACACGUUUUGCAUCCAAUUUGCAUUGGCUAGAGAGAAGUGAUAACAUCCAUGCAGCAAUGUAGCAAGGUUUUGCCUCCCAUUACAAGACAGAUGGAGAGAGGUUAGAGGUCAACCAAGGCUGGUUGAUGGGAACCAUUGACAUCCCUCCCUCACCAAAAGGGAUGUAAUGCAACAAGGAGGUAGCAGAUAAGGAAAUACGUUUUACAGCAUAACUGUGGGGUCGAUUUUAAAGAUCUCGGCAGCAGUAGACUAACAGAAAUAAGUAAACCUGCUCUUUCCGCUGUAUAUGACUCUCUGUGCUUACUGCUCCUAGACCUGUCCCCAACUCAUUGCUGUGCUACAAAGCACACAGUCCAGUGGGUUGCAACUUAAGUGUUUGAUAUUAAGCCUCGUUUUUAGAAAGUAACACGUUACACAAGUUAUUUGUUUCUAUUCCCGCACUUAAAAGCGCAUGGAGAGGGGAGAGCAUUCCUGGUGUUUAGCCCAUCCAGUCCGUUUUGUGAGUUAGCGCGAGUGUAAAAAUGAAUCUGUGGUAGUGUUGUCUGCUCUUCAUGUUUACAUAUCUACUAUAUACACACUAUAUGUAUAUACAAUCUUAAUUCAUGGAAUAAACAUCUAUUAUGAAGAAA